AUGUCGUCAGCCCCUGCUGCGCCCCGCACCCCCGGUUCGUCGCCGCCCCCUGACGCCAUCCCGGCUAUCAGUGAGAAUGGAAAUCCAUCCCAUCCUCAGGCCAACGCAACGCGUCGCUCUUCCCGUGGCUUUCUUCGUCGUGCAAAAUCUACCGAGAAACUUGGCGAACGCAAAUUGUCCGGCAAAAUGAGUAAGAAGUUACUAAAAGAGCAGGCCAAGGAAGAGCAGCUACGUCGCCAACGGGAGGCUGCUGCUAUCUCAAAAUAUGCUCCUCAAUUGCCGGACAUCUCUCCCCCUCCCCAGCUCAACACGUUUGGCGGAGAAAAUGUUCAUCCCGGCAAUAGUGCAACCAUUUCAAGCCGAGCAGCAUACGAACCCAGCUCACCCCAAAACUACCCUCCUGUUCCGCCAAUUCCAUAUGACAUACUCGCAAGAACAGAAAGUAUGGCGCAUCGUGGCCGCUAUAGCUAUGCUAGUAGUGCAGUGAGUACGAUCAAUAGUCCGAGAAGAGUAAGGAGACGAAAGGACCCGACGCCCUACAACAUCCUCGUGAUUGGCGCGAAAAACUCCGGCAAGACCUCCCUCGUUAAUUUUCUACGACAAGCUCUUGCCCUCCCGCCUACGAAGCGCCCAACACGCAGUCUCGAAGAAAUGGAUGAUCUGCCACAGGCACCUCCAAACGGCUACUUCACCUGCCAUUAUCUCGAAACAGAAAUCGAUAGCGAACGAGUUGGUCUAACAUUGUGGGAUUCACAAGGGCUUGAGAGAAGUAUUGUGGACCUUCAGCUUCGCGAAAUCACUAGCUUUUUAGAAAGCAAGUUCGAGGAUAGCUUCACUGAGGAGAUGAAGGUUAUCCGGUCGCCCGGCGUGCGCGACACACAUAUCCACUGUGCAUUCCUUAUCCUGGAUCCAGCCCGACUUGACGCUAAUAUUGCUGCUGCUGAAAAGGCCGCCGAAGGGGAUCCUAGCAGUGCUGCUGCACGUGUAAUUGGCGGAUUGGAUGAAGACCUCGAUCUGCAAGUCCUACGUACUAUGCAAGGGAAAACAACGGUCGUGCCUGUAAUCAGCAAAGCUGAUACCGUUACCAGCGCUCACAUGUUGCAUUUGAAAAAGACCGUUUGGGACAGCUUGAAAAAGGCCAACAUCGACCCCCUGGAGGUACUGACGCUUGAGGAACCUGAAGACGACUACUCCAGCUCUCUUGACAGAUUUGACGAAAGGGAUGAAGAUGAACUGAGCGAAGACGGGAGACGCCGUACUCCGGACUCCGAAACCGUUCCGGACGACCCGAACAACCCAGUCCCACCUCCAGCGGCUCCAUCAGCCCUGGAGAAGUCAUUGGAGAAGCAACGAAAGCGCAGUUCAUCGUCUAGCAUGUUGAGCGGAGGGCCGAAUAACGAACCUUUCAUCCCACUCUCAAUUCUCUCGCCUGAUCCACACACCCUGGACUCUAAGGACGGACCAAUUGGUCGCAAAUUUCCUUGGGGAUUUGCGGAUCCGUAUAACCCCGAGCACUGCGAUUUUCUGAAGUUGAAGGAUACAGUAUUUGGCGAGUGGCGUGCUGAACUCCGUGAAGCCAGCCGUGAGGUUUGGUAUGAGAGAUGGAGAACUCUUCGGCUGAAGCGUAACGGGAGUCUUGGAAACGGUCAGAUCUAA